AUGGCCACGGCAGCUUUGAGCGCGGAGUCCAUUGGCGACACCGUUUCCAGGUCCGGCAACUGGAACUUUCGCCCGGUGAGCGCGGAUGCGCUCUGGACUGAUUCGACCGUCUCGGGACGGAUUCGGCAUGCAGAUGGCACCGAUCGACCCUUACUGGUCCUUGAGGAUGAUGCCGCCCCAACGGCCGAGUUUUGUGAAGUCCUGGACCAAGCCCUUGCGACUCUACCGGCGGAUGCCGACCUGCUCUAUUUGGGCUACUCUCAGGCCGCGGACUGGCGUCGGGAAGUGAGUCGCCAUGUGGUGGAGUCCCACUACGUUUGGACGACCGUGGCCUAUAUCGUGUGGCCCCAGGGGGCUCGGAAGAUGUUGUCCCACUUGCCGGUGAACGAGCCCGUCGACAACUGGAUGGCAGGCCUGUGUGCAGCCAAUGACAUCAAGGCCUACUGCGUGAGACCGAAGGUGGUGCUCCAAGCAGAUGCCUGGAACGUCAACUCCGACGUGGCGCACUCGGAUGAGCACUAUUGGGGUCCCAACUCCGACAUCCAGCAUUCCGACGCGCUGUACUGGGGUCCUGGGCACCCGGAGGCUGGCGGCGACCCCAAAGGCGGACUUCUUUGGGACUUGGACGACUCCGAGUCCGAGGACGUCUCCGAGUCCGAGGAGCUGUAA